UGUGAUUGUAAGAGAAAGAAGAGAAGAGGCACGAAAGAUUCAUAUUCAAACAACAAGACAUCUUUUUGUAUUAAAAACACUUGUGGGUUUUUGCUGUUUUUUUUUGUUUUAAAAAAAAAAGUUCUCCCUUUCAAGAAGACGAUUGCAGAGGGAACAAAGGCCACUCUCACACCUGCAAAGAUCAAACAAAAGUCGAGAAAGCAAGAAAGAAAGAAAAAGGAUGGCCUCAGAAACCUCAGACAAAUCAAGUUAGAGAAAAAAAAAAAAAAAAAAAAAAAAAGAUUUUUUAGCAGCAGUGUGGAGAGAGGAGAAUGUGAUUUAUUUGUUUUUCCAUAAAUUAUUAUUAAUUUGUUUUCCCACAGAAGAAAGAAAACGAUGUCUGAUGUCUUUGCAAUCUUUUACAACCAGCAACCAUAAGAGGUGAAAACGCCGCCGGAGGAUUUGGUCGGAGAAGGGAUUUGAUUUUGAUCGGAGAAAACGAGAAUGAAGAUAAAGAGACUGAUAUGGGAAUAGCAACGCCGACAAUUAUUCCGACCGUCGCCGCCGCCGUCCAAUCGAAAGGUCACAAUUCUCCUCAAUUUCAAAAUUUAUCGAAUUCUAUGUCCCAGGAUUAUCAUCAGACCGUUUUCAGUUUCUCGAAUGGAUUCGAGAGAUCGCAGCAAGAACAACAGCAGCAGCAGCAUAUAGCGACACACCAGAUCCGCCGGGAUAAGAUUAGGGUUCCGGCCGGCUUUGAGGCGGCGCCGCCGCCGCUGGUUGGAAUCGAGGAAGAGACAGGUGGGCUUCCGGUAUAUGAGUCGGCAGGUAUGUUGUCAGAGAUGUUCAAUUUUACAUCUGGAGGCGGCGCCGCCGCCGCCACGGCGACGGAAUUGUUAGAAAACCAGAUACUGCAGAGCUACCGGAAUUCUAGAAAUACCCCGCCGGCGGCCAGUGGUUCGUCGGAAAAUUGGUUCUUGCACCGCCCUGGUAUUCCUCUCGGCGGCAAUUUAUCAGAUUCCAAGAAUCAGAUUUCCGGCAUUAAUGCGGCGGAUUCCGCCGCCGCCAUGCAGCUUUUUCUGAUGAACCCUCAACAGCAGCAAGGUUCGACUUCUCCGUCACCAUCCCGGCCGCCGCCGCCGUCGUCGUCGACUCUCCACAUGCUUCUUCCCACACCUUCUUCGUCCUCCCAAACUCUCCACGCCGCCCUAGGCGGCGGCGGCGCCGCCGGCGGGAAUUUCGACCAGUUCCAGUGGGCCCCGAACACCGCUGCGGAAACCAAUCACAUUCCGAGAGUCGGGGAAGGGCAAGGACUAUCGCUGUCGCUGUCGUCUUCUUUGCAGCAGUUCGACGCAGCCAAAAAUGAAGAAUUCAGGAUCGGAGAAGCCGCCGGAAUGUUGUUUUUCGGACAAGGCCCAAUUGGACAGCAUCAAUUUAAGAAUUUCAGCGGCGGCGCCGCCGUACAAUCAGGGAUUGGAUCCUCGUACGGAACGACGAAUAUGCUGCGAAAUUCGAAGUAUGCUAAAGCAGUUCAGGAGCUGUUAGGAGAAUUUUGCUGCGUGGGAAGGAGUCAAUUGAGGAAAAACAAAUUCGGGAGACAGAACAGUAACAACAACAAUGGAAACCCUAGUACUACAAAUCCGACAGCCGGCGGCGGCGCCGCCACCACCACCGCCGCCGAUAAUCCGGUGUCUUCUUCGUCGAAGGAUGUUCUUCCUCUAUCAGCCGCCGACCGUCUCGAGCACCAGAGAAGAAAGGUCAAACUAUUAUCCAUGCUUGAUGAGGUGGAUCGAAGGUACAACCAUUACUGUGAGCAAAUGCAGAUGGUGGUGAGCUCAUUCGACAUGGUGAUGGGGUUCGGGGCGGCGAUGCCGUACACGACAUUAGCCCAGAAGGCGAUGUCUCGCCAUUUCCGGUGUCUGAAGGACGCCAUCGCCGCCCAAUUGAAGCAGAGCUGCGACGUCCUCGGCGAGAAGGACGCCGGCGGCGGCGCGUCGUCGGGAGUGACAAAGGGGGAGACCCCCCGACUACGAAUUCUUGACCAGUCUCUCAGACAGCAACGGGCUUUCCAUCAAAUGGGAAUGGGGAUGACGAUGGAGCAAGAAACCUGGAGACCACAAAGAGGCUUGCCCGAACGAUCAGUCAACAUUUUGAGAGCUUGGCUUUUCGAACAUUUCCUCCACCCGUACCCUAGCGAUGCUGAUAAACACCUGUUGGCCCGACAGACUGGCCUGUCAAGAAAUCAGGUUUCGAACUGGUUCAUCAAUGCUAGGGUUCGUCUGUGGAAGCCGAUGGUGGAAGAAAUGUACCAACAGGAAGCGAAAGAGGAGUCCUCCGCCGCCGGCGGAGGAGGCGGCGGCGAUGAUCUCCAGACGGACGGCCAAACCGUCGCCGCCGCCGCCGCCACAUCGCAAACUCUGGCGGCUCCGAAUUCCGCCGCCGUUGCUCCCCCGGCGGCCGAAAUGAAUGCCUCCGAACAGGCGGCCGUUUCCUUGCCGGCGACGGACGACGACGGAAAUGUCAUGGAAUCGGCGGUGAUGAGAUUUGGGGCGAUCUCCGGCGACGUGUCGCUGACGUUAGGGCUACGUCACGCCGGGAAUUUGCCGGAGAAAGGGUCCUUCUUGGUUAGGGAUUUUGGGGAAUUUUAGUUAUUUGUAUUUUGGUUAAUUAAAUCGAUUAAAAGAUUAUAGAUGUGCUUAAAUAAGAAAUUAAGUAAAACAUUUAUCCAAUUAUUAUAUUAUAAACAUAUAUAGGAGUAAUUAAUUUUGGUCA